CGGAAGCGCAACCUUCUCAUCCGGUCUGAAACCCGCUUCGUCUGUUUACGUUCUGUCGAGGAGUUUUGAUUCUACGUUGUUUAACUGCCCCGUACACAGACAAGUGACUUCAGAUUGAAAACUGCACGACGGGCAGGUUCUGUACAAACGAGCCACAAAGCGACAAAACUGGCCCCUCCACUGCCUGUCACCAUGCCCGCCCUGUUGGAGAGACCCAAACUGUCCAACGCGAUGGCCAGAGCCCUCCACAAACACAUCAUGAGGGAGAGGGAGCGCAAGAGACAAGAGGAGGAAGAGGUGGACAAAAUGAUGGAGCAGAAGAUGAAGGAGGAAGAGGAAAGGAAGAGGACGAAAGAAAUAGAGGAGAGGAUGUCCCUGGAGGAGACCAAAGAACAGGUGAUGAAGAUGGGCGAGAAACUUCAGGGACUCCAAGAAGAGAAACACCAGCUCUUCUUGCAGCUGAAGAAAGUUCUCCAUGAAGAGGAAAAGAGACGCAGAAAGGAGCAGAGUGAUAUCACAACACUGACGUCAGCCAGCUACCAAGCCAGUCUGCCCAUGCAUGCAGGGCAGCACCUCCUCAGCAUUCAAGGCGGUUCGGUCAGCCACAGUCGGCCUGGUGCGCUCCUUGGAGAACGAAGCAAACAGCUGUUCCCAGCUUCUGUGAUUCCAACACGUCACUAUCAGACGCCCGGCUUCAGCUCGGGCUCAGCAGAGCACGGGCAGUUCAGUGGGGGCCAGGGGGUCCACGAGUCCUACGGGGUGGCUCAGUCCCAACAUCCGUCCACCUACGCCCCCGGACCAUCUGUACCUGUCAGUUUCGCGAGCAGCUCUCAGAUCAGAGGUGCGUCUGCGUUUCAGGCCAUGCAGUAUCUUCCCCACCAACAGACCGGCUACCCUGUCCACAGUCACUUCACCUCUCAGCCUGGAUACAUCCCUGGAGCAGGAAUACCACUUCAGAAGCAGCUGGAACACGCCAACCAACAGUCAGGCUUCACUGACGCCGGCGCUUUGAGGCCAAUGCAUCCUCCAACCAUGCACCCCUCUGCCUCCGGACUGCUGCCCACACCGUCAAUGUCGGUCCAGAUGCCCACUGCGAAGGCGGCAUUCCAGAGCUCUCCCCAGCCUGCCCCUCGCCACGGCUUCCUACCCCACAGCCAGAGCGGCCAGAGGUUCUACCACCACGGCAAGUAACUCGCAGCCACGGUCGCCUGCAGAGCCGCCGCCGCCAAGUAAUGAAUCGGCCCCUUUUCAACUGAAGUCACCAGGUUGGAUUUUGCCAUAAGAUUUGUUUUAUUUCAUGUAUAGUAACUGCUUUUAAGUUGUUGUUGUUUUUUUUUAACUUUGUUAAUGAUUGAGGAGCAGCCCUCAUGUUUUUGACAUAACUUCAAAUCAUGUUAAUUUGUAAAAUAGUUUAUUAUUUGACCUACUGUACACUGUAAUGCCUUUGUGGAGGUGCUUAUAUGCCCUGAAAUGUUAAUAUCUUGUAUUAAACCAGACUGCAUGGACCAGAGCUUAAUCACUGAAUACUAACAUCUCAGUAAUUACACCACUGUUCAGAGCUCAGUGUCUCUGCUCACAAGUAGCAAAAACCAGAAUAGAAUAAACAUUUUCAGCAACAUUUAGUGGUUCAAUUUGGAGUUGGUGGAUUAAAUCGACAUAUUACUGCUGAGCUCACACAAACACUACUGUAAGAGAGAAACACGUUGGUUCGACUGAUACCUCUGGUUGAUCACAUUAGGUUUAAAAUUGGUCUUGACACAGGUACAAUAUGGAGGAUUUCCCGUGUUUUUGCGCUGUCCUCUGUUUGAAAGCCUUUUAUGUUAUUGAAUAAAGAUGAUAAGCAAACGCCACGUCCAA